AAUCAACGUUCGCCAUGUGAAGAUUGGACCAAUAAACCGCGUGUAUGGGGCGGGACUAAUAGAGCGAGCUACUUCCUUGCCGACUACGUUCGCAUGAGAGACGCUUUUAACAGCACAAAGCAACCUCAAGAAUAAUUGCUGUUUUUUUUUUAGUCUAAUCAGGCGAAACUGAGCUGGCCACAGUCGCGAUGGGCUUGCUGACUAUUCUGAAGAAGAUGAAGCAGAAAGAGCGGGAGAUGCGACUACUGAUAUUGGGUUUGGACAACGCGGGGAAAACCACCGUGGUGAAAAGGUUGAACGGCGAGGACGUCAGCACCAUCCCUCCAACACUCGGCUUCAGGAUCAUAACGUUGGAGCACAGAGAUUACAAGUUGAACAUUUGGGACGUUGGUGGUCAAAAGUCACUGCGCUCCUACUGGAGGAACUACUUUGAAAGCACAGAUGGCCUGGUGUGGGUGGUGGACAGUGCAGACAGACAACGCAUGGAAGACUGCAAGCAGGAGCUCCACAAACUGCUGCUGGAGGAGAGAUUACUUGGUGCUACAUUGUUGGUGUUUGCCAACAAGCAGGACUUACCUGGUGCUUUGUCUAAAGAGGCAAUACAAGAGGCUUUAGCCCUGAACGACAUUAAAAAUCACCACUGGUGCAUCAUUGGCUGCAGUGCAGUGACAGGACAGAACCUUUUGCUAGGAGUGGACUGGCUGUUAGAAGACAUUGCUGCAAGGAUCUUUACAGUAGACUGAAAUAAAGAGUCAUGCAUACAACUAGAGCGUUUUUUUUUUUUGCAGUUAUUGCCAUGUGUUGAAUUGUACAUUCAAUACGAAGACCAUCUUACCCUGACCAGUAUUGGUGUUUAGUUUAUGUUAAGUAUCAGAUCUCACACACAAGGCUUAUUACAUUUUUAUUUAUCAGCAAGUACAAAAAAAUUUUACAAAUUUUCCAUAAAGCACAUGUUGGCCACAGUCAGGAAGAUCUGUGUUCAAAUCUCCACUUGGUCAUCUGUGGUGGAUUUUCUCUAGGUACUCAGAUUCCCACCCACAGUCCAAAAACAUACAUGCAAGUUUAAAAAUCAGCCACUAAAAAUUGUCCAGGAGGUAUGAAUGUGAGCGUGAAUAGUUGCCCCACGAUUGGCUCGUCCAGUGUGUACCUCGCCUCUCACAAAGUCAGCUGGGAUAGGCUCCAGCCUACCCCAGCCACUAAUAAGCAGCAUUGAAAAUGGACAGAUGGAAAUCUUCAAUGAUGUCAACUGCAGACGGGAGGACAGAAUGACAUCAGUAAAUGAAAUUCAUCUUUCAACAGUUGUAAUGUUUACAUCUGAGAUCAGAGGAGACCAAUCAGUCAUGAAUUUAAAAAUCAGACUGGGGCGGUAACAAAAGCUCAUCACUUGUUUACCACAGCAACUGGCUAAUUCAUGGUAGCACAUCUACCUACCAAACAUGGCCGUGAUGACUGGAGCAGUGAGUCAUGGACAUCCUAACAGAUUAAAACAAGAGCAUCAUUAAGUGCAAUUCCUGGCAAAAAAAAAAAAACCUGCUACAAGUAAAAUUAGGAUGUGAUCAGAACUAGUCAUCAGUCAUUAGCCAGCAUACUCUCUCCACAGAACACCAGCAGGUCACCUUACACCUGUGUACAGGGUUCUCAGUGCCAUAACUGGGUCAACCGGAAAGACCAACUGGUGGGGUUGGACGACUGCAAGUGGUCUCUCAUCAUUUCCACUAUAACCACAGAAACUUGAGUGCUGGCGUCCACAUACCUGUAGUGUACAAGCUGGUCACUCUUCGUAAAUAUGCAACAAGCAUCAGCCUAAAAAGUGAGAAGCAUUUAAGCGAUUAUUGCCUUAUUUGUUGUAUUGAUCUGGAUCAGGUGGGUACCAAUCAGUCAUGAAUGUUCAGACUGGGGCGGUAAAAAGGAAGUCAUCACUUCCACAAAUGAUCAAAAGUAACUCAAGUGAAACUUGCCUCCAGUUGCAGCUCAAACCUGCGUUGUCAUGGCUGCCAACCUGCAAAAAGCAGCUCAUUAGAAGGCAUUCCUGUUGUGGGUUACACUCCAGUUUCCUUUCAGACUGUUGGAAACCCCAACGAAUUGUCCCCUUCUUGCCCUGGCAAGACCAGUGGGUUCACCUUUGCAGGUCUGGCAUUGACAAGGCGUAAGACAUGUGGGUAGGUCAUCACCAAGGAAACUGCUUUAACAGUUGAGUAGGCUAUACGCACCUGCAGAGGUUCCAGGAUAGAUUGCUUUCUAAAAACUUUAGCACAUCUGUUGAAAAACAAAAAAUACCAUUGGAUUUCUUGCCCAAUUUUGUGUUUUACAUCUAAUCAGGCAGGGCUGGUGUCAGAAUUCCAUUUCUCAUCAAGAGUUCAGACGAACGAGAUUCCAAAGUUCUCUCAUCAUCAUCAGCUGUGAUUGUGUGCACUUUUCCUUUGAAUUCAAGUCACCUUCAGUUUGCAGGAACCACCGCUGCCUCAGGAUCUGGUGGAAUACAAAAUAUUAGCUUCUAUUUUAUUGUGAACCACACACACAAAAAAUUGUAAGCAUCAAUGUGCUCUGUUGUUCAUAUGGUUUCAUCGUUUGUCAAAGUGAGCUGUUGAAUCAUCAUUGCACUGCACAGACAAGGGGGAAGGGGCGGGGGGGCUGGGUAAUAACCUUACCAUAAAGCUUUGGUGGGCAACGUUCGAGCAGUGCUUUCAAGUCCCUGCAGGAGAAAUAAAUGGUCAUUUAAAAACCCGCAACAAAAACAUUUAAAAUGCACAACUUGGCAGACUUGCUGAUCAGGGCUUUGGUGACAAAACUGCCAUAUGACAUUAGUCGUCCAGCUGUUUGACUUAAAUCCAUUUCAUCCUUUCAAACCAAGUAGACCAUUACCAAUAAGCAAUAACACUUACAUCUCUAUCCAUGUGCCAUCAGCAGCCAAUAGUAGGCUCAAUUUACAGCUGGGGGGGAGAAGGAAUAAAAGAAAAGAAAAAAAAAAGGUUAAUUCUAUUGCAGUCACUCCCCCUACAAAUGUCACGCUGCAGGGCAACAAUAUCAGAUUCAAAAUUGACAUCAGUGACUUCAGGCAUAUGCUUGUCAUUAUGGAAAAAAUCAUCAUACUUAACCACAGAAAAAUUGUGUCAUGUUUUAGCAGUCAUUCAGACCUUUUAGAGCCAUUUGAAGAUGGUGCUGUCCAACCUUAGUUCUUGGGGUGUUCUCAAUCUACAGAAGACUGCCAUCUAGAAAAGGGGACAAGGCAGUUAUAUCUACUUCAAAAACCAAUUAAAAAAAAAAAAAAAAAAAAAAAAAAAAGUGCUCUGCAGUGCAACCAAAACCAGAGACUGUUUCACUAGCUUCAGGCAUAUGCUUGUCAUUAUAGGCAAUCAUACACACCUCUUAAUGUGGAGGAUGAGACAAGGAUUGAGUCCAAGCUUCUAUGAAGUACCAUCUGCAGAAAUGACAGAUCAUUUAAAAAAAAAUAAAAAGAUAAAACAAGCUCCCAGAACCCAGAGGUGCACCUCAGAAUCUGGUAAAGGAGUCUCUUCAAAAGGCCAAUUCAGUAAGAGAGAGUUCUGAAAUCAUCACAGUAGCACCAAGCUCACAUUUAAAAGGCCCUGUCCACGCACACAUUUGACCAGACUGUUACUUUAAGUCUUGCACUUAAGAUGCAAAUCAGGCCUUUCAUUUUUAUUUUUGUUUUUAAGUUCCUCCCAGACUGCCCAAUUGUGCUUUUCAGCAUCUCCAUGUUGGCAGCAAAUAUGCCACUUUGGUGAAAGAUAACCCCAGGAGUCAACUUCCCUAUAAAUUUGACCCGCAAUGCAACGCAAACUACAUUCUUCACUUGCAAAUCAGGAAGAUCAAGUCUUAGAAAGCAAAAAGAAUGUCAAGAAUCAUCUCGGGAUUACAAAUUAUACCCUAGAUUCCAAAGUGGGGUAUGCCAAUUGUAAUAAAGGGGUACGUGAAUUAUUUUAUUUUUUAAAAAGCAAGUGCGCCUGAACACCUCACGAUGCAAGGACAAGGGAGCAGAAAGGAGACAGCACGAAGUUGCUCAUUGCUCUGUGCGCAUGAUGAAGUAAGGUUGAUUGUUAAAAUGUCUGAAGUGGUACGCGACUAAAGUUUGGGAUCCACUGAAUUAUGAUUAAAUUACAUUUGUUGUAGACAAUCUUGCAUUAUAAAAAGAAGCCACGUCUAUGAAAGUGGCACUUAGUUCUCUCAAAAUGUGUAAAACAUAUCCCCAAGCAUGCUGCAAGAUGGGGUCCCUAAAUAUCAAGCCAUGGGAAACUUCACAAGUUUAUAUAAAAAGGGAUAUCAUUAACAAGUACUGGCCAAUACUUUAAAAUAAGUCAGUUUUUGCAUGUUUAACAAGUGGCAACUUGUUGCACUUUGAUGGCCCUUGAACGCAUCAAUGCUGCACAGAUAUACUGGGGAAAACUCGUGCAUGUACUGGUUUGAUGGUGGGUCUAUUCAUUUCUGCUUUUAAAAUUUGAUUUUGGUCCAGUCUUAGUUUUUUUUUUUUUUUUAAAGCACAAUAAUUAGAUCGUUGUAAUGUAUGCAUGUUUUGCGGAGGUGUUGAAAAUCUUUCCUGUGACUAGCUAGCGCCCCGCUAAUGCUAUUUAGAGCCACUCUCAUCUUCAGUCAUGCAAGACAAUGGUUUCUCCGCCAGCCAAGGCUCUUUGCAUUGUUUUGAGACGGACUGGUUGCUAGUCUUGCAAUACUCUGUGCAUGUCUUCUACAAUUAAGAAUUUAUUGUAGAUGCUGCCGCCACACUUUCGCUAGUAACCCUCAAGUUCGUUAGUCAUCUAUGGAACGGAGAUGGCACAUAACAAAAGAUGACAGAACAAAAGCUGUCCCAAAAAGAUACACUGGCCAGUUCUAAAAAUGAAAUACCACCCUUUGAAAGGUUCCAGACAAUCUAAUUGACAGACAAUUGCUGCACUCACUAUACCUCUUUGAAAAAUUACAGAAUAUUGUUGACACAUUGCACAGUAAAUCUCACAUUUUGUUCAGCUCUUUUAUACUAACUCAGUUACUCUUGCAUAACACACGGGUGUGGUAGCAUACACAGCGCUACAUACUGGCUGGCGUAUGUACUACAUCGCCUUUAGUUGAGUUUGUGAGAACAUUUUCCUGAUAUAAUCCUGUGUGGACAGAAGUUAGAAAAUUCCCUAAUAUACGUUUGUGGACAGGGCCGAAGGCUGAAUGUAAAUAACUUGAACAUACCUGAUGCUCAAGUGAAACCCGACCAUCCACCUAUAAUCAUAAGUUUCCUCAUUAAAAGGCAGUUUAAGAUGAGCACAUUUUCAUUGCUGCUACGGGGUCAUGCUACUCAGAUUAAAUACAACUGUCAUCUAACGUGAGUCAGUGAGAGAGUUCAAAGUUCACAUCACUGCAGCAUACCUUCAAAAAAGGCACACGAGUUACAUCAAACCAAAAAGAUCUUAUAAACAUAUACCUUGACUUAAGAAGCGUCUCCAUCAUUCUGCACCUGAAAAGACGAAGACAACGUGGGGGGAUGUUAGUUUUUGCCACGUGACUGCUACGAUACUAGCUCUGCUCCUAAAAGUAGCAUUUCUUUCAAAUCGAUACGCGUCUCACAUCAGAAUAAUAAUAAAGUCCAAUCACAGUCAUUCAGUACAGGUCUGUGAAAAGAGUCAUCAUCAUUGAGAGACGCCGCUAGCUGCACCAUGCGGUAAGACACGAAGCUGAGCUAGCAUAGCAUUGCUAGGCCGCGUCGAUUACAACAAAGAAAUACAACAAAUACUGGAAAUACAAACUAAAAUAUCAAGUUAAUAGCCGGACAACUAAAAACAACAGCCAUUGCGACAAAUUAACGGUAGUUAACGGUCUGAUGGCAACGGAUGGCGGCCCAUACUGCACCCAAAUAACCCCUGCACUAACUGCUACUUCUCGAAAGGAAGCAUCACGAACAAUAUCUGAGGGUGUCGACAAGACAACGCCACAUCAAAAAUAUCAGAUGCAAAACACGUUUGGUGAGAUCAAAACAAUUAAGUUGACUAAAAGCCAAAACGACUUGCGCAAGAAAUUACCUGAGGUAGCCAAGAGGAGGAGGAAGUGGAAGGAAGAAAGGCUUUAUGCGCCAUUUAUAACCACACUGAGACUCCUCCCACACUCCCGAACGUUCCCGAAACCCCGAAACCAAAAUGCAUAUUAGCAGGGUUUAGUUUUUAAAAGCUGCAGUCAAAUAAGUCUUUAUUUAAUUGCUUAUAUCAAAUUGUGAUCACUUACGGAUAAAUACCAACAUAUUUGUCGUACCGGUUGCAUUUCUUCAUCGUGUCAUUUGGUCAAUAGCUGUGCUGCCACCUGUCGAAUGGGAAGGGAAAUUACAGUGGCUUCAAAGACGAAAUCAUUUGCCUAUUUAAAAAUAUUGGACUUUUAAUUAAACGACUUCAUUCAAUAUAUUUGUCUUUGUUUCUGAAGUUUUAACAUAAUAUUGGUUAUUGAAACAAACUUGUCAUCCUUGAAUAUCCAGGGAUAUUCAGCUGGUAUAGUGUGCCAGCCAAAUGCAGCCCGAGAAUGACAGAGGAACGCCCCACGACUUCAGUUCAAAGUUCAGUGAGUUCAGUGUAAUACCCUUUGGAGCAAAUUCCUAAAAACAAGCAGAGCAGUCCUGUCAUAAAGAGCAGCAAUUCUCUGGUGGUUCGGGACGCAAAAAUUUGUCACGGCUCCAUUCUCGGUGGGUCUCAGACAGCUAGUGAAGAAUUACAUGUAAAUAUGUAAUACCCAACUGAUGGCUGACUUAAACCCAGGCUGAGAUCAUAUGAGAACCCUUGAUGUAGAGCAUCUUUGACCAGCACAAACAUAUUGCCUUCUUUUUUAUUUCCAUGUUUGAACAUUCAGCAGAACAUCAAGAGAAGCGUGUUUUACAAUACAGUUGCUGUGGUUUUAUAUACAAAUACAUACUUUGGAUGUGUUUGUGUGCCUCCCCUGCACUCAGCCAAUUAGCGAUUAGCUUUAUCUAGCAUUAGCAAUAAUUGUUACUCAAAGUCAUGUCAAAACAACUAGUCCACCCAUCAGUCAUUGCUUUUUAAUGGUAACACGUCAACAAUUUUUAGUGUUUUCAUAGCGUUAAACCCAAGAAAGCUCUAAAUAGUGGACCUAAUGUAGGAAGAUGAAGCAGGAAAAUGAAUGGAGAUAUUACACAGAGUAAAUAAUAAGCAUUUCAGAAGCCUCACACUUCCAAAACAACUGUGACAGGGAAGUAAACAUCAUUCCAGAGGGAAUACUGCAUCCCAAUUAUUCAGUCCAAACUGUCUGAGCUUCUACUGAAACUCAGCCAACACCAAAUUGUGCUGAUGUUUCUUUUUGGAUGAUGGCGAUGAAGACAAGUUGACAGGUGUGAGGGUGAUGCUGUAGAUGUUGGCCACGAACGCCUCCCAGCCUCGGCGAAAAGCUCCGUCCAGAGCCUAAAGGAAUUAAAACGUUAAAAACUAGAAUGUAGUUAAGAAAUAAUCUCCAUCACAGUGACUGACUGGUGAGUGGAAUGUUUAAGAUGUGGGCUUAGUAGGCGAGUCAACG